CAGAAUUUUACAGCUUUCCAAGUGUUGUUGAGCUCCCCGUUGUUCCAAUAUGAGUCAGUGUGCGGGUGCUGCCGGCACCGCGCGUCAGCGAGGGCUUUUGAGGAGUCAGGCUGGGAUACGCCCUGGUGCUGGGGGAAAGGGUGGGGCGGCAGGGAGGGCGCGCAAACCGCCAGAAGGUUCCUCAGGAGGGCAUUCCGGUGACGCCCAUGUGGUGGAGGGGAGGCGGAACAAGUGCUGCAUAUGCCAGGAGGCGAGAGACGAUACCGAUAAGGUGCGUGAGACCAACUGAUGCUGUGUUGAGGAGUCCCUGCAUCCUUUGUCUUGUGUGCAGGGCAUACUCUCCUGUGGGCAUGAAUUUUGCUUUGAUUGCAUUGCGCAAGUAAGCACAGACACUUAAGGGCAGAGAGAACCUGAUCAAUCCCGUAGCGCAUGCAUGAAUGUGUCGGUGUCUUGUUUCCGUUUCCAUUUCCAGGCUUUUAUCGCUCGCACCAAGGCCGGCCAUGCGUGCCAGUGCCCGCUCUGCCACCAGAGCAAAGUCAGCCCCAUCGUCACGCGCGAGACUCUCGUCCGCACGACGAGGUCCAGGAAGCGCAAGGCCCAGGACAUCUCCGAGGAGGAGGGCGACCCUUCCUCAUCGGAGGGGUAUGCUGUGCGCGUCGAGGACAAGUUGUAAGCCGCAUGCACGGAAAGAAAGGAGUCUUGCUCACACACAGCACUACUCAUUGCAUGCUGUCAUGCUGUCUGUCUGUGGUAUUGACCAUCGAUUGCAGCGAGGUCCGUGUGAAUGAGGACGGCGUUGAGGAGGUGUGGCGGAUCUCCAAACAGGACCUCUCACACAAGUAUGUACACGCGGACGCACUCACCUGCAGACAGCGCACAGCACAUCCCCGGUGUGUGUCCAUCCAUCUCUUUCUGUGCAGAGGUUUCAGAGGGCCGAUGAAGGGCGGGGAGAUGUGGCCGCCGGCCGAUUUUGAUGUGGAUCAGUUUAUGGAGGUCAUGUCGGACGCGGACAUCGACUACGUCACUCGCAAGGCCGUGUCAGUGCACCACAAGUGGACGGAGGACUCUCAGAUGAGAAAGUUUCGCCGACUGCAGACCGGUACAGAAGAGUGACGGCAGACACUCGGAGUAAACGACCCCUGCCCAUCCCAUCUUGUGUGUGUGUGCACGUGUGUAAUGCUUCUCAGUUAUGGAUACGCUGACUGCGCAGAAGGAGUACUGUGAGGUGGAGAGGAUCAAGGAGAUGAUCGACUGGCCAGGUAAACGACGCGGGGGAUGUCCGCCAUAUCUCUGUCUCUGCCUCUCUCUCUGUGCAUUGAUCAACAGAGCCCGGCGUAGGGGCGUGGAACAGGACGCACCAUCGUGGGCACAUCGACGGCGCGCUGACUCAGCAGUGGGUCCGCGAGGGCAAGCACAAGCACUUCCACAAAGAUUUCUACGACCGCUCCCACUGGACAGCCUAUCAGUUCAUGGACGCCGAGCUGCUAUGCGACCAGCAGCAGACGCGCCGGCUGAAGCGCUCCACAAGGGACCUGCUCUACCAACACGAUGUCAACUGUGUCCUCACCUCAGCCUGGCGACCAUAGCCUGCCUGGUUGCCAUGUCUCGCCGCUUCCUUCGUCGUCCAUGUCUCGUUCAUCCGCGUCUGUUUGAUGUCUGUCGGCCUGCCUGGACCCUCUCUCUCGUCUUUCUUCUGUUCCCUAUCGUGGCUAGCUAUCGGAUCCCAUCGAUCGCAGCUCCAACCGUUCACCCAUGCCCAUCGCCCGCAGUCCCUCCCUCCCUCCAUCUCGCCUCGCCCCUCCCCAGCCGCCCUGAGUCACCUCUGCCCAACCCAGCAAACGCGGCCAACAGUCGCUGAACCCUCCAUCGUCUUAGAUGGGCGCCCUUUCAUCUAUCGUCAUCUGCUUAUCACAAGGGCACCAGAGUGCUGGCUACGUACUGGCUGAGUCGACCUUUGCGGUGCGGCCGCCUGACUGAUCCACUCGUCUGUCUACGCCAUCCCAAUGGGCCGCCCGGACUUUGGCUGACGACGUCCACACCCCUCAGCGACUCGUCGCCGCAGCAGACCAAAACAAGCCAUCCACCGCCCUCUAUGUAUCGAUAUGGAUUGCCUGCUAUCGUCUGUCCGGUGUUUGUGGUCCGUAGCCAGCACAGUGCCCCAUUCAGAAGCCGGCCCCUUGCUUAUGGCGUCGAUCGUGCCCUACGUCUCUCGCUGCCAAGGCGAGCACAAAGCAGACAUCAGAGGGCGAGCACUCGACGGCUGUUCUCAGAAGAUCCCUGUCGCGAUCCAACCAACGCCCAAACCAACAGGGCAGCGGCGUCGAUUCUUCAUCAAGUCGGUCCAGAGGCGGCACAUCCAUCUGCGUCUCGUCCAUCCGCCUGACGGCAAGUCUUAUGACGGCUCGCGACGUCCAUCGACAGCCAAGCCGGCCCAGGCGCAGCAGGGCACAGCCGCCAAGCAAUCCGUCUGAGGGCCCAUGUGCGCGUGUGAAGCCGAGCGGCGUGUCGCGCCGAGGGCGUGUGAUAGAGCAUCUGCUCGGGGACCUCUUUUGGCUCUUCUUAUGUCUCGUCUCAUCUGCUGACUGCAUCCCCCCCACCCCCACCCCCGCAAGCAGCAUGAUGGUAUGGCCCACCGGCUGAGAGACAAGAGAGGACUCGAGGGAGUGUCAGGGAAGGAGCCACCGAGUGGGAUGCGCACGAGAGGGACGAGGGGGGCGGGCAGGGAGAAGUGGCGAUAGUCGGACAAGUCAUUUGCGGCAGAUUGAUAGCAUUCAUCAGUGGUCUUGCUAGAGAGGCUGAUAGGUUGCAGGUUGACGCGUACAUGUAUAUGUGUGUGUAUGACACAAACCCGAUAUGGUACCUUCGUG